UCCCAAAGAAUGAAAGCAAUCAGAUGUAAAUCAAGCAGCCAAGUUAGCAGUCAAGUCAUGAAUCUCUUACAACUCCUGCUCAUAUCCUUGGUUGUGGUGACAGCCCGGAAAAAAUCAGACAUUAAUGAUAAGGUAUCGAAAAAGGGGAGAAAUCCAUAUCAAAUUUUAACACGCGAUGUCGAGAAGUAUGAGCUGUGUGUAAAACUGCUAAGGGUUUGCCAACAACUCCGGGACAAGCCGCCUGAUUACACUGAUGUUGAAGAAGAAUCGGCUAAUGAUUAUGCUAUCAAUGAGGAAGAUAAGGCUAAAUACAGAAAAGGCAAUUGCUUGCCGAAAGAUCUAACGGCAGACGGAGAAAAGGAGUUUUGGAAAACUGCUGCCAAAUGGCAGAGGGAAAUUGACGAUAGCUUAUUAAUCCAGAAUCUGUUUGUAGUUAUCAAGACAGACGGGCCGAAUACCAAGUUGGCAUUUGGAAAGUGGAAGGGUUGGUGCAAUCGAACUGAUAUCUCUGAAGAAUCAACAGAACCAACCGAUGAUCCAGAUGAAGAUAAAACCUUAUCAGUUUCAACAACAACAGAACUUUCAUUAAUAGACAGAAGUACUCAACUGUUGAAAAACUGCAAACAAAAUAGCAAUCAUGGCAAAUGGAUAUUUAACGAAAUCGAUGGCAGCCAAGAAUUAAAUGAAGUUAUCAGAAAAGUUUCUCAUUUGAUUUUAAGUCUUGAAAAGUACAAAAGCAAAAAUUGCUGCCCCUAUGAGUCCAUAAGAGAUCGUUUGGAAAUAAUAAACGAUGGCAUUGAUUUUUUAAACAAGCUGCAGGGCAUCAAAUCAUCUAUUAAACCAACUUACACCGAUUUAAACUCAGAUCUGAAUCAUCUCUCACGCAGAUUAGAGCAUUUAAAUAGGGAAACAACCAACAAUGAUUUAAGCCCACUAAAUUCAAACUUUGACUACUUGCCAUUUUUUAAAAAGGAGAAAAGCUUGCAAAAAAUAUUGAUUAGUCAACUAAGUGUUAUUCGUAACCUAGAAAAUUCGGUUGAAAAUAAGAAUAGCAAACACAAAUGUUGUAUGGAGGAAAAAUCUAAAAUUAUUGAUUUAAAAAGGUUAUUUGAUGACCUAAGAUUUAUUAACUCCUUUGAAAAAAUAUCACAGCUAAUAGACCCUUUAAAAGAAGAUCAAGCUUAUACCAAUGAGACACUUUCAGCCACGAAAAGUCUACUUUCCCUGGAAGACAAAAAUAUCCAAAAACUGACCUUUAUAUGCGAAACAGAAUGUCAUCAGAAAGAUACAAGCCACGAACUUUUUCAGAAUCUUGUUUUAAAAGUGGACAAAUUGGCCAUUCGAUUAAAUGAUAUGAGUGGUCCAUUAAAAUCAGCAAAUUUGUCCCAUGUUAAACAAUCUGAAGAUGCUGUAAAUAAAAUGAUCAAAGAUGGUUCGUCAGUAAUUGCUAAUCUAAAAACUACAAAUUUGAAAUUAAACAAUAAUGAAGCAAGAACCGACUCCAACGAACCCUUUCCCAUAACUGUUGACAAUUCAAGCUUAACAAAAAAUUGCUCCGAAGAUUCUGCAAAACUAAGUGAUCUGUUUGACAAAAUCAACAAGGACAAAAAUUAUGCUAUUGAUUAUUACCAACAACAGCAAAAUAAUACAAUGCAGCAGCUUAAGGAAAUUCAAGAAAGGCAAAAAGCCUUAGAUUAUUACAUCCAUAAAGCAAAAGUGUCUGAGGACGAGGAGUCACGACUUCAAAAUCCGAAUUCUGUACAAUGGGAGAUCAAACAACUUGAAAACGACUUGGAAAAGUUAGAAAAUGGCAUCAACAAAUUGGAUAAGGAUCUGCAGUACAGUCAGCUUAAAUUCGAAAUGGAAAAAGAACAAAUCGACAGGGAGGUUGAGGAACAACUGAAUGAUAUAAAUCUUUUCAGAGAAGCGAUGAAAAGGGAACAAGAUUUAAUUGAUCAACGCUUGGCAGAAUUAGAAGAAUUAGAAACACCUGACGACUAUGAUGAUAAACUAAGUAAGCUUGAGGCAAUGGCUCUUGAGUUUCCCAAACAGAUAAAAAGUUAUGAAAAGGAACUUUUGAACCGCAUUGCCGAUAUGGAACAGCAAUUAAAGGAUCUGGACAAGGAGAUCGAAAAUACGGAACAUAGGGCAGACACUUGCGACGGUGAAUGUGACUUUGGAGAUCUCAAUUCCGUCGACGAACUAAUUGGCAGGGUCCAGAUUGUCAAGAAAAUACUAAGUUAAACGCCAAAAACUAUCCCAGCUAUCUCAGAAGUGCAAAAUUGGAAGCAGACAAGAAUCACCCAAAAGACAAGCCAAAGAUAAAAAGUUAAGAAAACCUAAACCUAUGGAUUCAUGUAAACUAAAACCAAAAAACAUUAAGGAUAUAUCUAGAGUAAUUAGUAGUAAUAUUAACAGUCUGCAAAUUGUUAACUUCACUGUUUAUAUACGAAAAUGUAAAUUUAAAUUUGUUAACUUAAAUAAAAUAAAUCUUUUAUGAUAAUAAAAGAAACAUUAGUUAUAAUAA